AUGUUCAUUCUCUUUCGUUCCUCCUUUCCCUCUUCUUUGACUCUGAUACACUGCAAUCACCCAGCACCUGCAUCAACAUCGUCUUGCACGACGGAGUUCCUCCACCGCGCGAAACAACCGCCUGACGGAGCUCCGCCAGGAUCACUGCAUAUAACAACCGCUCCAACCGCGACUCAGCCGUUCAGGGUGCUGACAGUCCCCGCCAAUCAGAUUACGUCGGAUAACCAACCAACAGUGGUUAGCAUUGUUUCCUGGAGAAGAGAAUCCGCCAUGGAACCAACUUGUGCUGCUCGUGCCAUGGAAUGGAGCAUUCAACUUGAAAUGGGCCUUCGAUCUGCAAAACCUGGUGCUCCUGUCAAAGCGAUAUUGGAAAUGGAGCCUCGCCUUUUGCAAUGGAGUAGAGAGCCUGAAUCUGGCGUUGCUCCCUGUGCCAUGUUUGGUCUUGUUCCAGGUGAAGAUAGAAUAUUUGCCAAUGCUAUCCUCUUGCGCCUUGCUGAUGCCUUUAGUGGAGGUGACAUAGAAACCAGACUUUCAGUUGUUAGGGUUUUCUUGUCUGUACAGAAACAUCGUGAUAAGGAGAAGAAAAAGCAGGGUAAAGGUUUGCUAUCAGAGGGCAGAGUAGCUAAUCACCUGGAGUUGUUAAGGAGAGUAAAAUCUGUUUUUGAUAGUGGGGAUUUGGAGUCGAAGGCACUGACUUUGGUUUUGUUUGGUUGUUGGGCUGAUUUUGUGAAAGACAAUGCUCAGAUUCGAUACUUAAUAUUUUCUAGCCUUGUUUCUGCUCAUGAUUGUGAGGUGAGAGCAUCUUUGUAUGCCGCUGGGUGCCUUUGUGAGAUAUCCGAUGAUUUUGCAUCUAUUUCAGUGGAGAUGUUAUUUAAUAUAAUGAAUUCAUCUUCAGUGUCUUUGCCUGUAAAGUUGGCUGCUGCACGUGUUUUGGCAAAAUGUAAAUCUUCUUAUUCAGUUGCACAUAACGCGUACAAGACAGGUAUGGAGUUGGUACUAAAUUCAUCAGAUGAAGAUUUUGUGGUUGCUAUGCUAUACUCACUCUCAAAACUGGCUUGCAUUUUGAUUCCUUUUACCUCCUAUCAGGUGGACUUUCUUCUUUUGUUUCUCAAUAGAGAAAAAACUUCACAUGUAAAAGAAACAGCAUUACGAUGCUUGCAUUUUUUAUUCAGAAGAGGAUUGUGCGAACACUCAGAUAAUUCAGGUCUAAUUCGUGGGCUGUUUUCCGUGAUGGAGGAACCUGGAAUUUCAUUGGCCAUGCAAUAUACAGCUCUAAGGGUCUUGCACAAGGUCCUUCUUUCUAUUCCGCCUACAUCACUUCACGUGGAACUUCAUGAGUUUGUAAGGCUUCAAACUGUUAUUGAGGACACAAGUCAAUAUCCAGCCUGGAGGAAGAGCUGUUUGGCCAUUUGUAUUCUAGCAGAUUUGUGUUGUAGGACAAAGGACAGAGCAGAAAUUGAUAAUGUUUUUUGUUGUUCUUCCCUGCCAUCACGUGUUAUCUCUUUAAUCAAAGAUCAUAUCAAACUUCUGCCAUUGCUGGAAGGUUGUCAAAAUGAUUUGAAAAUUUGUCAGGAGCUCCAGGCUCUGCUAAAGAUUCUUUUAACUGUUGUUGAAAGUCAUCCUUCUCUUGGUUCUUUGGUACUUGAUAACAUAAAAGAAGUGAUUGAAUAUCUUGUGACUGUUGCAUCUACUAAUUGUGCAGUACAAUCAACUCUUGUAGCUGUAAAUUUUAAAGGAGAAAAGCAAAAUUCCUUUAUUUUAAAACUUCUCCGCAAAAUAUACAGAUUUCUGGUGACAUGCCUUGAAAAUCUUUAUGUAGUUGGUGCUAUCAAUACUGAAGUGUUCAGUAAAGUGAAUAUUUUGGCUGAAAUUGUGUGUCAGUGUAGUUUAAUUGAUUGCUAUACGUACACAUUGUACCAUCUGCUAUUGCACAACCAACCUAUUUAUGAUGGCUUAGUCCAUGAGAAUGAUGGAACACAUCCAGCUAGUUGUCUUAUUAAAUGCACAACUUUUGUAAACAAAGUCAUGACAGGAACAAAUGGUUGGACUGCUUACAAGGUUGGUGCACAUGCAGCGUGUCAGGGUGAAUGGUUGCUAGCUACUAUUAUAUUUAGGACGUUAGUAGAGAAAGUGAAGUCUGAUUCUUGCUGUAGCUGGUUAAAAGCAUUGUUCCAUUAUUCUAAUUCUGAAGAAAAACUCCAACUUCUUAGGCAACCAAAACAAGGAACCACAUCAAUGGAGUUGUUGGAGAGUAUCAAAUUUCCUUUAACACGUGAUUACAAGGAUGAUACAUCUCCAAGACUUGCCAGGAAUAUCAAUGAUUGUAAUUACUAUGAUCAGCUUACCCUGUCUCAUGUGGAAGUAUGUUCUUCCUUGAAAAUUUUGGAAGCCUCUGUAACAAGUUCUCAAGCAUUUUGUUUGCAGAGGUGGUUUUUAUCAUUAAGAGCUAGAGUGUUGGAAAAUUUAGUGGGUUUGGUUAAAGCUUUGAGGGAAGUUUCAUUGAAUGUGGAUCUAAAUUUAAAUCAGGUAGAGAUUGAGUGUAGUGAUAAGCUUCAAUUCAUGAAGUCUUAUCAAGAUAUUGCUCAAGUUUCUUUACAAUUGUUCAGACUAGCAGAAGAAUUUGAUCUACUUAGAGCAUCUUUCAUUGGGAUGGACAGUGAAAGUUCUUCAGUGCUUGCAGCUCAUGGUCUGAGUUGUUCAGUAUUAGCAUUUGCAACUGCUUUUGGAGUGUCUAAUAUAGACCAACAUUCUAAGAGAAUUUUUAUUGGUGACAAAGCCUCUUGUAAUAAACAGGCUUUGACAAUACAAAAUUUAAGGAGGCUAUUUUGGUGUGUAGAUCAUGGAACCAGAGCAAGUUUCUCUAUACUGUUAAAUUAUUUUGACCUAAAUGAGAACUAUUUAUCCCCACAGUCCAGUUACGGAACUUGUAGCAUUGGCUAUAAAGACAGAGAGGUGCUCAAUGUUUGUAGUUAUGCUGUCUCUGGCGCAGUCAGCUUGCUUGAGAAAAUUGCAUCUCAGUUUACCAAGAAUGCUUUGUCACUAGCUUCUAAUACUUUGAUAAAAUGGAUGCACAUUCCUUUUCGGAUUCCUAAAUACUUCUUCAGAGUAAGGCCAUUCAUUGGGUCGGAGCUUUUUCUCCACAAUGAGGACUCUGGUAAUGGGGUUGACAUGUCUGUUUCGCAAGGCUCCCACAUCACAUUGAAUAUGUGUCUUAAAUUGAAGAAUGUGCCACCAAACCUCCUGGUUAAGUCAACUAAGUGUUACUGCAUCCUUCAUUGCAGUACAUCCUUCUUCAUCCCAUGUGGACAAACCUUGGGGCACUCACAGUCUAUAUAUGACGCUUGGAAAGAUGAUAUAAUUGUUGAACUGAACCAGAAGUUGGUUUGCCAUGUCAUGGAUGGUGUGGCAGGCAAGAGAAGACUUGACAUGCAUAGUAGGGGCCAUGGUAAUGGUAAGGCGGUGGAGACAUUUAUGGAUUUCAGACUUAAUGAGAAAGGGCAGGGGUUUUCACAUUGCUCACUUGAUGUGUCCAACUUUCCCCUAGGUUCUUAUAGAAUCAAAUGGCAUAGUUGUUUGGUUGAUAGUCAAGAUUCCUAUUGGAGCCUCCUUCCUUUGAACUCGGGACCUGUAUUUUUUGUUACAAAACCCAGAGUUGGCUAA